AACAAUAAGAGACAUUAAUGCGCUCCACUUGUUGUGUAUAAACAAUAAAAGGGAAAGUUUAACCGCCGCAAUCCAAAUCUUGAUCCAAUCCAGAAUCGACGUGAACGCAAAGGACGAAGACGGACGUAAUGCGCUCCACUUGUUGUGUGAAAUACAAUUUAAGUGAAAAUUUAAUCGCCGCAAUCCAAAUCUUGAUCCAGUCCGGAAUCGACGUGAACGCAAAGGACGAAGACGGACGUAAUGCGCUCCACUUGUUGUGUAAAUACAAUUCAAGUGAAAAUUUAAUCGCCGCAAUCCAAAUCUUGAUCCAGUCCGGAAUCGACGUGAACGCAAAGAACAAAGACGGACGUAAUGCGCUCCACUUGUUGUUUAAAUACGAUUUAACCCAAAAUUUAACCGCCGCAAUCCAAAUCUUGAUCCAGUCCGGAAUCGACGUGAACGCAAAGGACGAAGACGGACGUAAUGCGCUCCACUUGUUGUUUAAAUACGAUUUAACUGAAAAUUUAAUCGCCGCAAUCCAAAUCUUGAUCCAGUCCGGAAUCGACGUGAACGCAAAGGACGAAGACGGACGUAAUGCGCUCCACUUGUUGUUUAAAAACGAUUUAAGCCAAAAUUUUACCGCCGCAAUCCAAAUCUUGAUCCAGUCCGGAAUCGACGUGAACGCAAUAAACAAUCGGAGACAGAAUGCGCUCCACUUGUUGUGUGAAAAAAAUUCAUGUGAAAAUUUAACCGACGCAAUACAAAUCUUGAUCCAGUCCGGAAUCGACGUGAACGCAAAGGGUUGGAUCAGACAAAAUGCGCUCCACUUGUUGUGUAGAAACAAUUCAAGUGAAAAUUUAACCGCCGCAAUCCAAAUCUUGAUCCAAUCCGGAAUCGACGUGAACGCAAUAAACGGGUGGGGACGUAAUGCGCUCCACUUGUUGUGUAUGAACAAUUCAAGUGAAAAUUUGACCGCCGCAAUCCAAAUCUUGAUCCAGCCCGGAAUCGACGUGAACGCAAAGGGCGAAGACGGAAGUAAUGCACUCCACUUGUUGUGUGGAAACAAAUCAAGUAAAAAUUUAACCGCCGCAAUCCAAAUCUUGAUCCAGUCCGGAAUCGACGUGAACGCAAAGGACGAAGACGGAAGUAAUGCGCUCCACUUGUUGUGUGAAAACAAUUCAAGUGAAAAUUUAACCGCCGCAAUCCAAAUCUUGAUCCAGUCCGGAAUUGACGUGAACGCAAAAAACAGUUUUUCAAAUACCGCGCUUGAUGAUAUACGGCGCAGAUAUUUUAGAAAAUCUAUCAAACACCUAGCCGAAUCAAUUCAAAUCUUAGAGAAUGCAACUGGUACUCAACCCCUUAAACGGAAAAACGAAGCACCACAACCAGAUGGACAGAGCAUAAAAAGGGUGUCAAACUUACCUCAAAAUCUGGCUGAAUGAAGCAGAUAAUCGAAUCGUCUCCAUCUCUUGUUGUCGUUGAAUUUAUCUAGGAAUCAUCUGAAUAGGAUUGGGCUCCUUCUGUCUGAUUUACACAAUUAGUAUCGCUUAUUGUUGUCGCUCUUAUGUGUUAACUCCGUCUUAAACCCUUUCUUAUUAUUUGCUCCUUCAAAUAUUUGUCGAUGUGUUCUUUUACACUUACAUUUCCUAGGGUAUACAACAUGAAGGUGAGACUAUGUACCUCCGUACACUCUCACCGUGUACUUACUACUGUA